GAUAUAAUUUUAUUUACGUUUAACUUUGAACUUGCCAUCAGUAGAAAAUCAGGGGACUGUGGAAAUGGCUCUCAAUGCUAAGCUGGGAAGUCUAUCCACGACAGUGAUUGUUCUUUUCGCUUCUUACUUAUAUUACUUACUGGCUAAAGCUCCGGAAGCGCCAAAAUUAGAAGAAGCUUGGUGGGAUGAAGGAGAUGAAGGAAAAGAUGAUAUCAGCAUUCGCCCCUUCAAAAUCAAUGUCACCACGCGGGAGUUGCAAGACCUUGAACUGAGAUUGAACAUCUCAAGACCACCAACGCCAUCCCUAGAAACAACCCAUCACGAAUACGGUCUUAACCCCAAAGUCCUCUACAAAUAUCUACACAUCUUGAAGACCGAAUACAACUUCACCGAAAGACAAGACUUCCUGAACCAGUUCCCCCAGUUCACAACUCAAAUACAAGGCUUGACUAUCCAUUUUCUCCACAUUGUACCCGACAAUCCCGAAAAACUGCCAGUUUUUCCGAUAUUACUCCUGCACGGUUGGCCUAGUUCCGUGAUUCACUUCACCAGCAUGAUACCCUCUCUGACAAAGCAAACCAAUCACAGCUUCCUACUGGAGCUGGUGAUACCCUCUCUUCCGGGUUUUGGAUAUUCCUCCGCCCCCAGAAAGCCUAACUUCCAAGCUCACAACAUAGCCCACGUGUUCUUGACGCUGAUGAGGCGCCUCAACCACGAAAGGUUCUACGUCCAUGGCAACGACUGGGGUGGAAUUGUUGGCGCCCACCUCACAACACUGUUUCCCGAAGCUGUACUGGGGUUCCACUCGAACUUUUGCUUUUCCCUGCGGUACAUUUCUUUAGUUAAGAUUAUCCUGGGAAGUUUGUACCCUCCACUGAUAGUAGCCAAAGAAUCUGAGAAUAAGCUCUACCCUCUGUUUGAUUAUAUCAGGUUCUGUCUCACGGAGAACGGUUAUUAUCAUGUUCAAGGAACCAAGCCUGAUAGCAUAGGCCUCGCCUUAGACAACUCUCUCGAGGGUCUCUUAAGUUAUGUACUGGAAAAAUUCUCAGUAGCCGCUAACAAAGACAACAUCCACCUACCUGACGCAGGUUUGGAUAAAUACAACACGACAACCCUCUUGGACAUAAUCCUAUUUUACUAUUGGUUUCCGAAAACCUCCACCACGUCGUCCAGACUUUAUGCUGAGAAUAUAAACGUCAAGGUGUUCGAGAUAGGAGUACAUAACUUGCCGAUCGACAAAAGUGUGCCUUGUGGGUGUGCCUUUUUUGAACACGAGUUUAUGUACCAACCAGAGUCUAUAUUAAGAGACAAAUUCACCAAUUUGAUGCACUACAACACCUACAAGUCAGUGGGUCAUUUUGCGGCAUUGGAAGGAAGCGAUUUGUUAGUCAAAGACAUCAUCUCGUUUGUUUCAAAAACUUUAAAUUAAAAAUGUUUCUGUGGACGAUCUGAGCUGUAAGUUUGGUACUCAAAUAAUUUAUUUCACCUACAAUAAAAGUUGAUACAGUAACUGGCGAAUAGAUUUUUUCACUGUUUCACAAAGAGAUGAUGUAAAGCAUAUAGAAUAAUAAA